CCCCGCUUGCCCGUCCUUGGCCCGAUUCACGCGCCUCGGCUACUCCGGGACCAUCCCCGACCCGCCCCACACCGCUCUCAGUGCAGUUGUUGGUUCGGCCCACGCAUUCACGCGGAUGUGCGUCGACACCGUUGUGAAGGACGCCUUAGCAGAGGCUUGAAACCCGAUAAUAUUGCAGUACGAUACGUUACUGGAUUCAAACCAAUGAGAUCGCACCCAUUAGCGAAUUUAAAGAGGGCUCGACGGACAGCACAAAUGAUGAGCAGCCUAUGCUGCAAAGGCCAGACUAGUACUACAGCCAUCUCCAACCAGCGUGGACUCACUACGUGACUUAUACUGUACCAGCCGUACACAUAUACACCCAGACAUAUUGUGAGGUAGCAUUUGUAGGAUUCAACGGCGGAGUCACCUCACACGGUGGCAGCCCAACAGUCAAUAAAUAACCUGGCCGAGUGGAGAAUAUGCAUGCACGGGAUCCUGAGUCAAUUUGGAGAGUGCAACUGCCGAAAGUAUUCCUGGCAAAUGAGGCGUCCCACAUACGACCGUGAUAGCAGGCGACUUUUCAUAACGAGCGAGCACACUCGCGGGCACUUCGCACAGUACUGGCAUAACAUUGGACAUAUUCCAUGCAUUAGUAUGGUCAGUACGGAGGCGAGCACGAUCUGCUUUGGUUUCCGCCAUCCUCUGACACCUCUGACACGAGGAUACGCACGGGCUGAUUUUUCUCUGCAUCGAGUCUUUAUUGGCUUGCGCCGCGCUGUGUCUUGUUCAUCGAGAUGCAUCUUGGUUUGACCUUCAGCUGUUGGUACGCAUGAUUCGACCUCAAUACACCUAUGUAAGUAGUUGACGUGUUGCCGUCGCUUCCGAGUCCUGUUUUUAUGCUACGCUCAGGAUACGCCGUCUUCCCCCUCGUUAUUAUACGUGGAGAUUUCGUGUUGAAGUGCAGUGCAACAUUUGAUCCUAUCCGCGGGUCUUGAUAGCUAUCCAUUAAUGUCAAUGUGUAGCUGAUUG